AUGAUGCUCAAUUCAGACCAGACAGAGAUCGAUUUACCCCCGACACACUCCGAAUCCGAAUCCAUCUUCAGCGAUUGCGGCGGUGGCCGCGCUGGUAACGCCGAAGACACGGGUGGUGUUGGGUUAUGUUCUCAAUCCCAAGGUGAGAGUGUGAAGAAAGAUCUCCAGCACUUGAGUCGAGAAGAACGUCGCCGUCGGCGCCGUGCCACAGCGAAAUACCGGACAGCCCACGCCACCAGGGAACGUAUCCGUGUUGAAGCCUUCAACAUGGCCUUCGCCGAGCUGAGGAAGCUGCUGCCCACGCUGCCACCAGACAAGAAGCUCUCCAAGAUUGAGAUCUUACGCUUGGCCAUCUGCUAUAUCUCCUACCUGAACCAUGUGCUGGAUGUUUGA